AGACGUGGGACAACCUAAAACCUGGACCGUCCCGAUCCGUACCCCGAAGAGAAAGGGAGAGAAAUUCUCGAGUCUCGAAGAAUUUAUCCAAGCCGUGGCCAUUUUCAUUUCCUAGAAAUAGAAUAAAUGGAAACAGGGAAGGUAGUGGUGGAAAGAGUGGGAGGAAAGUCUGUCGUCACUCAGUGCUUCGCCAAAUAUCCUCUGAAAUUCAUCAUACCCAAGAAGGUGGGUUCUUCGCAAACUGACGCUGUCUGGAUUUACACCAUCACCUAUGGAGGGGGCAUUGUCUCUGGAGACUGUAUAUCAUGUCUUUUUACAGUGGGAGAUGGCUGCACAGCUGUUUUGACCACACAAGCAUCGACAAAGGUGUAUAAGUCUGUUGAAUCAAAGUGUUCGGAGCAACUCUUGGAGUAGGCAAGAGUGGGAAGCAGUUCUCUAUUGGCUGUGAUUCCGGAUCCAGUGACAUGUUUUUGCACUGCAAAGUAUUCUCAGAGGCAAGUCUUUAGAAUCUCACCAGACUCGAACUUGCUUCUGGUCGACUGGAUAACCAGUGGCCGCCACGAAAGAGGAGAAAAAUGGGAUUUUGAUCUUUACAAGAGCACAAACAACAUAUAUUUGGAUGGGGAUGUGCCUUUGUUCCUUGAUACAUUAAUGCUUGAAAAAGGAAUGAGCAGCAUUACGGAGCGCAUGGGAGACUACCAAGUUUUUGCAAUGCUCAUACUUGUGGGUCCAAAGUUGAAACAUAUCCAAAACUAUAUCAUGGAAGACGUGAAGACAAUGAUGUCUAAAAGAUUACAUGCUCCUUCAUUUAGGCCGUUGGGACAGUGCGAAAAUAAGCACAGAUUGGCAAAACCAACUUUUAUCGCUUCUUGCAGCACAUUUGGUCCAGAGGAUAUAGGUGUUGUUACUCGGAUAGCAUCGGAAACGACCGAAUCGGUUUACAAUUUCCUAGCUACUCAACUCUCUGGCUUGAAGCCACUGCUUGGGGUAUCGCCAUACUGCUGAUUCUUCAGGUUGCAAGAUUAGACUUUCAGAUUGUGGUAUUUUUGCUUCGUCUACCUCUAAUUUUUCUUGAAUCCUAUUUACUUCGCGACCCACUUUUUCUUGUUGCCAGGAAUGGGCUGUCUUGAUGUAUGUUUCUGUUUACAGCAAACAUUAUGUGGUUAACAUUGUUUUUUUCUUCUCCUAUUUCAUAAAUCUUAACUGCAUAG